UAAAGUAUUGGCAAAUUCAACGGUUAUUCAAAGUCAGAGUAACAAUGAAAUUCAAUUUCUAAAAUUAGUACAAAAAAUUAAAUUAGAUAACCACCCUGUUUUUGAAUAUUAUGGUUGUAAGAUGAGCAAUGAUGGUAUUUAUAUAGCCUUAGAAUUAGCACAUUGUGAUCUUUAUAAACUUUGGCUUGAUAUGGCAGCAAAAGGAGAUUUUGAAAAGAAAUUAUACUUUAGUACUAUGAUCAUUAUGUAUGCGUUACGAACAUUAAUUUUUCUGGAAAAGUUAAAUAUUAUAUAUGGAGACAUUAAACCACAAAAUCUUGUUGUUGUUCAGAUGCUCGAUUAA